ACGUGAGCUUGGUUUUGUAAAGAGAGAGAAAAAAACAAACAUCCGGCGCGCGCAUUCUACGUCAUCAGCGGGCGCCUGAAAACCGCAGCAGCGGGAGUUUGACAGUUUGGUUUAGAAACUCAGUCGUUUCUAAACCAAAAGUUUGCAUUUAAACAAAGCAGUGUGUCGCCAUGACGCAGAGAAAGAGGCUGUCCAACACACAGAGCUCCUCUCAGAGCAAGAGACAACCGAGCAGCUCGGUGCCUCUGGAAGAAGAAGAUGACUCGACCUUCACUCAGCCGAGUACGUCGCAGGUACAGAAAGGGCUGGAGAAGUUCACACCUGCACAGGUAGACCAAAAGACAGCUGAGGUGGUGCAGUUUUUCUUGGUGAGGGACCAAAAGAAGAUUCCUGUACGGCGAGCAGACCUUGUGAAACACGUGGUGAAGGAGUACAGAAACAUCUACCCUGAGAUCAUGAAGAGAGCAGCACGUACUUUUGACCAGGUAUUUGGCCUUAAAAUGGUUGAAAUAGACGCCAAGAAUCACAUGUACAUACUCAUCAAUAAGUUGGAGACAGUUCAAGGAGCCUCUCCAGUCAAUAGCCCCGCCAAUCCAAAGAUGGGUCUGCUGUUUGUGAUCCUGAGUGUUAUUUUCAUGAAAGGAGGCGUCGUCAGAGAAAACCUCAUCUGGAACACGCUCAGGAAACUCCGAGUUGACGCCGGAGAGAAACACGAAGAGUUUGGUGACGUGAAGAAGGUGGUGACAGACGAGUUUGUGCGUCAAAGGUACCUGGAGUAUGGGCGGAUCCCUCACACGGAGCCAAUAGAGCAUGAGUUUCGUUGGGGUCAACGUGCUGAAGUGGAAGUGUCAAAAACCAAAAUCCUCGAGUUCAUGGGUCAACUUCAUGAACAGGACCCUGAGAGCUGGACCCAGCAGUACCGAGAAGCCCACGCCAUGUCCAACUCCACGCAGGCCAGCACCAGCAGCCAGAGAUAACUCUUCUAGUAUUACUUUUUCAUUUAAUUUAUUGUGGGCGUUGAUGCUGCAUCAGUGCCACAUCUUCUUUCUUUUUUUAAUGCGUUUGUGAGCAAAGUGAAGACAGAAAACAUUUUACAUUGUUUAAACUCAAUCAUUUCAAAUCCUCGUCACAUUUUACAUAUUUGUAUGUUCAUACUUUACCUUUUUAAUUCUUGAUGUCUCUUUAAAUAGGUUAAUUACAUCCAAUAUCACACAAUAAGUCAGGUAUCCAUUUUCCUUUUUAUUGCCUGUACUUUAAAAGGUAUUUGUUCACGUUCAGAAAAUAAAAUCUUUUAUAGUUGA